ACGCGCUUCCUCACGUGCACGCGGCUGGCGUGGCGCGGCGGUGAGCGGCCCUUCUGGGAGCUGAACUCGUACAUGGCGCUGGUGGGCGGCGCCGUGGUGCUGCUCCCCUUCCUGCUGGCCGCCAGCUGCUUCCGCAUGGGUAACCUGGCCAACGACGGCGUCCGGCUGGGCGCGCACGUGACGGCGUGCUCGCGCGACACGAGCGGCGCCGUGUGGGCCGACACGUGGCUGCGGCGCGCCUGGGUGCACGGCGGGCCCACGGCCGCCUUCCUGCACCUGGUCACGGCCAUGUUCCUGCUGCUGCCGCGACUCAUCCUGGAGGCCAAACUGAUCGACGCCGGCUAUUUGGACUCAGAUCGAGUCUGGUCGGGCACUCUGGACCACCUGCUGGGCGCGGGCAGUCAACCCACGCUAGUCUUCACUCCGACCGAUAACAGGUCGUUCGUAGCACCACCUUCAUCCUCAUCGUCCCCAACGGCGGCGGCGUGGGCGUCCGUGUCGGCGCCGGCGGACGCGGCCGACUCGCGCCGGGCGGCCGGCGAGAUCGCGCGCCAGUUCGGCCCGGCCAGCGCGCCCGGCGGCGAGCUCGUCAACUACGCCUGCGCACUGCUCGUCUUCGGCCUGCAGUACGCCAGCUGCUUCUGGAGCGGCAACAAGUGCUUCGGCCUGCUGUUCUCGGCGCACAACGUGGUCACGGCGGCGGUGAGCCUGGCCGCCUGGGAGGGGUUCGCCGUGCUGUACCGGCUGCACGCGGUGGGCUCGGGUGAGCUGAGCGGCGCGCGGCGCCACCUGCUGCUCGACAAACCGACCACGGCGGCGCUCUACCUGCUGACGGCGGCGCUGCUGCUGGCCUCCACGUCCGUACUCUAUCUGUACGGUUACCACAAGUACCGACUGUACCUGGUGCGCCAGCGACAGCGCUACGAGCUGGAGGUGCCCGCCCGCCGGCCGGCGCUCGGGUACGCGUCCCACUGCGCGGCGCUGCUGCUGCUGGCCGCCGCCGCCGGCUGCCAGGGGCCGCUGGUGCACGACCUGGCGCUGGUGACGCGCGCCGGCCGCGGCAGCGCCGCGCUGGUCUGCUGCGCCGCGCUGGUGCUCCACCUGCUGCUUUGGGUGCUGCUGUGGCUGCUGCUCUCCGUCAAACACCGCUGGACGUUCAAGCUGCGCGUGGUGCUGGGCCGCGCCCACCUGCGCUCCGCCGAGCAGAUCAAGCUGGUGCACGAGGUGGAGGUGUGCCAGCGGCGCGCGGCCGCCGACCGGGCCGACGGCCAGCCGGCGCCGCUGCUGGUGGUCAGCGCUGGCCGCGUGGCCGCCGUGGCAGACCCGGCCGUGCGGCACAACAUCAGCGAGCUGGUGCGCGGCCACGUGCAGGGCCGCCGCCAGCGCUGGGAGCAGGAGGAGGUGUACUGGCACAAGCCGAGCCUGCCGAGGCCGCAGCCGUCUCCGGAGUCGGAGGUGGCCGGCUGGAGCAGCCAGCGCCGGCCGCAGCCCGCCGCCGAGAGCAAACACAAACGGUGA